AUGCGAUUCAGUAUUGGAAGGAUUCACUGGUACAUCCUUGUCCUCCUUCUGGGGAAAACCUUGAGUUUUGGCCUCAGAAACCUUCCAACUACAGGGCUUGAGGCAAGAUAUUUCUGUGGUGCACUAACUCAAAAUCCAUCACUCUUGGCUCAUCACUAUCCUCCAUGCCCUGACCCAACUUUAACACUGGGUGUAGCUAGGCACAAGGACCCUACAAUCAUCACCAUUCUGCUUCAAGAUAAGGAGGUUGAAGGACUUCAAGUCCUCAAGGAUGGGGAAUGGGUUUGUGUUGACCCUAUUCCCAACGCUUUUGUGGUUAACAUUGGUUUACUCUUGCAGGUUACUCACUAA